AUCGUUCAGUUCUUAGAACUAAAAACCAAACCCCAACCCCCUAAUACACAGAAAAAGACUCGCUGAGAGGGAGAUUUAAAACUUUUACUUACCCUUCCAAUUUAUUUGAAACCCUUAACCCUCUUAAAUGGCGACGAGUAAGAGCUACUUCGCUCGGCAAAACUACCGGUUUCUUCCCGGCGAUCGAGACAACCACCACCACCCGUCGGUCAUUACCGACUCCGCAUUCGAACUCGACGAAUCGGACAUUUACAACUCGGCGCGGUCCAACUCACCCGAGUGCCGCAGACCCGUUCCGAGUUCUCGUGUCGUCUCGAAGAAGUCUUCGUCAAAGCGAGCACCGGACUCCAGUGACCGGACCGGUGCGACUCCGUCAUCGCUUCCGGUCAACAUUCCGGACUGGUCCAAGAUCCUUAGGGACGAGUACAGGGACAAUCGGAGGCGGGACAGCAUCGACGUCAACGAUGAUAUAGACGAUGACGAUGACUGCGAGGGAGGUGUGAGGGUCCCACCCCACGAGUUAUUGGCGAGGCAGAUGGCCAGGACGAGGAUCGCUUCUUUCUCUGUUCACGAAGGGAUUGGACGCACUCUCAAAGGGAGAGAUCUCAAUAGGGUUCGAAAUGCAAUUUGGGAGAAAACGGGUUUCCAGGAUUAAAAAACAGAAACCAGAAAAAAAAAAAA